AUAAAAAUGUCACUUUCUUCUGACUGCAUUCACAGCCACAGCCACUCGCACUGAGAAGAAAACAGAUAAUAACAUCGUUCUCCACCAAAGCAGGGCGUUUACAUCUUGUUGGCAGCAGCAGUAAAAAGAUGGCAGGCCUGUGCUGGAUGGCUGUAACGCUGGGCUUGUUGCUGUCUGUUGGAAACAGUUCGGCUGAAAAACAAGACCAGAACCAACUUGCUGGGAUCUUGCCAAAUUAUACACCGAGCUACAAUGGCAACACGGGUCAAAGCAGCAACUUGCCAUCCAAUCCGCUAUUCCUGCAUCGACGUGUCAGAAGAAAUUCCCCCUUACAAAGCAGUCAGGGUGAAGAGGACACAUCAAGUGGAGAGACGGGUGGAGGCGAAGACCAAGCACCAAGUACAGAGACAGAACCAGGCGGAGAAAUGGUUGGAGGCGAAGGCCAAGCACCAAGUACGGAGACAGGACUAGGUCUAGAAAUCUCUGGAGGCCUAGGCGGCAAACGUAGAUCACGUUGUAGAGGGCGUAAGUGCAAGGGCAGGCGUAGAGGCAAGGGCAGGCGUAGAGGCAAGGGCAGGCGUAGAGGCAAGGGCAGGCGUAGAGGCAAGGGCAGGCGUAGAGGCGGGAGCAAGCGUAGAGGUGGGGGCAAGCGUAGAGGUGGGGGCAAGCGUAGAGGUGGGGGCAGGCGUAGAGGUGGGGGCAGGCGUGAGGUGGGGGCAGGCGUGGAGGCAGGCGGGGGUAGGGACUGCAUUGAUCCGGGUAACAACAACAUGAUAAGGACCUGAGAAUCUGAGUAGCAGCCCCAAUAAAGCUUACUGAUUGUAAUCAGCACCGCAUGCUUAAUAAUAAAAUGUAUUGAUAGAUUUAAUGACUCAAAUUAUACUGAAAGGAUUCCCAGUUUCCAAACUACUCUGCAAAAGUACAGCCAGUGUGUUUCAUUUGGGCCGGAGCAAAAUGGCAGAAUAAAUCUUUAUGAUAAUAUGCUAGUUACUUAAUACAUUUUUUUUUUUUUUAUCUCAAAAAAAUAUCUACGACGACCAAUCAUCAAGCACCUCUGCGGCGAUUUAAAAACUAUAAAUUGAUUUGUUUCCCAUCUGCCCGAGCAAACCCAACUCGAAAAAGAGACACUUUAAAGUUUAAAAAACAAAAGAAUAUGUUGGGUCAAUAUACAGUUCAAACUGUUCAGUUCCCAGGUUGACAUUGUUUUAAAUAAGCACCAGCCCAUUCGCUGGUACUAUGUAGUAAUUUGAAAUAUAUAGACUGUAAAAACUGAAGUGGCUCAUUAGCAGUCGUACGUUCAAGAAUAAAUCUGAUGUGUUGCUAUUUGGUUUGUUAAAUCUGCCAAUUCUGUGUAACUGAUGGGAAAACAUUCGCUGACGGUGAACAGAUUAUUUAAAUUUUGUUUCCACAUUUAUCACUGUACUUCUGUCAAGCAUUGCCAAAUCCUCUGAUGUUAUGUUCUUUCUGAUUAAAGCUUGGCUCAGCAUU